ACCAGCAGCAGGGUUGGUGCAGUGAAGAGCUCCAUGUAACGUUGCUCGUGGUUGGACAGCGGCAGCAGCAGUGGCAGUGGCAGUGGGGAAGAUGGCGGCGGACCAUGUUGUGGCGGACGCCGGAGCUUUCCUCAAAAACGCUCCCCUGCAGGAGUUUGGAAAAAAUAUUUACACAUUAAAAGAAGUUGUAAAUGAAAUAAGGGAUAAGGAAACAAAACAAAGGCUGGCAGUUUUGCCAUACCAGCUCCAUUUCAAAGAGCCAUUUCCUGAAUACAUCAGACAAGUGUCUGAAUUUUCAAAGAAAACUGGUGACUACCCCAGUCUGUCAGCAACUGACAUUAAAGUUCUGGCACUAACCUGUCAACUUGAAACUGAGUUUGUGGGAGCUGGCCACUUGAGAAAAGAACCUAUACAAAAAGUUGAAGUGAGCAGCACUUUAAGACACCCUGAGUCACUCAUCAACCUGGCAGGCUUUCAUCUGCCAUCUAAGCGGAAUUCUGAGAGCGAUGUCACAAAAGGAGAUUGCGUACGUCCUUUAAGCUCAGAGGAGCCAGGUUAUCCUACCGGAACAGGACAUUCUAGUGAGUCUCAAGAAGCUGAUUUAUCAGAAUUUGGUGCCUUUCGGUUCUGGAGAAACCCACUACCAAAUAUUGAAGAUGAUCUCCAAGAUUUGCUUGCAAGUAAUAACAAAGAGAAUAUUUGCAUUUCAAGAGAGAGACCAUUGAACCAGGACCAAGAAGAGGCACUUGGAAGUGAAGAGGAGGAGGAUGUGGAGGAUGACAAUGAAGGGUGGAUAACACCAAGUAACAUUCAGCAGAUUUAUCGAGAUAUGGGCUGCUCUGAGACAACGGCGGAAAUCAAAGUUGGCUGUAUGACCACAGAUUUUGCUAUGCAGAAUGUCCUUAUUCAGAUGGGGCUUCAUGUUAUUUCUUUGAAUGGAAUGAUUAUAAAGCAAGCAAGGAACUACAUUCUGCGCUGUCAUGCAUGUUUCAAGACCACAACUAAUAUGAAUAAGAAAUUCUGCCCAAACUGUGGUAACAAGACGCUAAAAAAGAUAGCAGUCACUGUGAACGAGGAUGGCAGUCUUCACUUCCACUUCUCAAAAAACCCCAAAGUGCUAAAUCCACGAGGUCUACGGCACCCUCUGCCAUUACCACAUGGUGGGAAACAUGCCAGUAAUCCGCAUUUGAGUGAGGACCAGAACUUCCCUCAGCAACGACUAUCCAAGAAAGCGAGACAGAAGACGAAUGUCUUUGACCCAGAUUACAUUGCUGGGGUGUCCCCGUUUGUGGAGAAUGAUAUCUACAGCAGAGCUGCUCACUUAAACAUUCGGGACGGCAGAUCAGGAGGUGGGAGAAGGAGGUUGAACCCAAAUGCAGCACCAAAAAAAUGUACCAAGAAAUAAAUAUUUUUCUUCCCAGCUGUGUCAUCCCAAUUUUCAAAAGCUUACUAGAGUUUUUAUUAAACAUUUCAGCUAUAAAAG